CCCGACAGUCACCCCCGUGUCAAUUCUCACAUAAAACAAAGAUGGCAAAACGGCACAAACAUAUGAUCGGAUAUCGGAUAUUUUUCGUUAUAGCUAUACCGACUAUGUACUUCCUUUGCAUCAGUGUGAUGGGGCUUUUCCCUGACAGUUCGAUCAGCACGGGCAACACAGCAAACUGGCGAGGGCGCAAAUUGCUACAAGCAAGCAAGUUCGAACAGCUAGUAAACGACAGUUACAACUGUACGCCACCAACUAUCAAAGAGUUCCCAUCCGACGGGCUUACACGACAACAAAGACAGGCAGGAUUUAUAAUUGUCCACUUCGUCAUCGCUAUUUAUCUCUUUUUAUUACUUGCCAUUGUCUGCGACGACUAUUUCGUUCCCUCUAUUAAGAAAAUUUGCGAGAAGCUCAAAGUCACCGAGGAUGUGGCCGGCGCGACCGUAAUGGCAGCUGCGAGUUCCAGUCCGGAAUUGUUCAUCAACGUCAUUGGUACCUUCGUGACGGAAGGUGAUUUGGGAGUAGGCACUAUUGUCGGUUCGGCGGUGUUCAACAUAUUGGCAGUGCCAGCGUGCUGCGCACUGUUCGCGAAUCAGGUGUUGAACUUGGAGUGGUGGCCCGUGUCACGUGAUACGUUGGCGUACGCCUUUACGGUUGUCCUUCUGAUAUUGACUCUUCGAGAUGGACGUGUCGAGUGGUACGAAGCGCUUAUCCUGGUCUCCUGUUACAUUCUUUAUAUAUCAGCAAUGUGCUUCAACGAUCGUAUCAACCAUUUCAUAAGACGACUAACGUCCAGAAGGAAAAAGUACACAAAUAUCUGUGAAAAGAGUCCCUUAUUACCAAACAACUUCAUCAAAGAAACAGAGAUAUGUGGAUUUAAUUCCAGCGAGCAAGAGGACGAAUCACUCGACAUUGUAAACAUGACAACAUGGCCCAAUUCGACAUGUGAAAAAAUAUGGUGGGUUAUCACUUGGCCUAUUAACCUGAUGUUGCUCAUAACUAUCCCUGACUGUAGAAGAGAUAAAUUAAAGUCUUGGUAUCCUGUCACGUUCUUAAUGUGCGUGAUAUGGAUCGCGUCUUCGUCCUAUAUCAUUGGAUGGGUCAUCACCGCUAUCGGCGAUACCUUUAGAAUACCUGACUCUAUUAUGGGUUUAACGUUUCUUGCGGCAGGAAUGAGUGUACCUGAAGCAGUAUCGAGCGUUAUCGUCGCGAAUCAAGGUCACGGCGCUAUGGGAAUAAGUAAUUCCAUUGGAUCGAAUGUAUUCGAUGUGUUAUUGUGUCUUGGACUGCCAUGGUUCAUAAAAGCCGCAUUAUUACCAAAAAUACCUGGAGAGUAUUAUAUUCAAAUUAAUUCUCAAGGAUUGGUGUACAGCUCGGUAUCUCUCUUCUCUACGUUAAUUAUUUUAUAUGGAUCAUUGCUCCUUAAUAAAUUUAGAUUAAGUCGUACAGUCGGAAUCAUUUGUCUCGUUAUGUACGUUAUAUUUUUAAUAUUCGCAUCUGUUAUAGAACUCAACACAUUUUUUAUAGUUAAUUUACCGAUAUGCGUUGACUAAGGACAAUAUCAAUUUCGUAGAUAUAAGGCAAUAUUUAUAUCUAUGUAUAUUUGUACAUUACAAUAAUUAAUUUUUAUUUA